GUCCGGCGUCGGUUCGAGGACAAUGGCGCCAGUCUAGGGCUGUGGGAAAAGGGCCGAUUCCCCACUCCAACACGAUUCAAGGAUCCAUUCUCGAAUUUCGAUUAUCGCGAUAAGACAAGGCUGAAGUGUGUGUUGGAAGUAGAGAUUCCUCGGGCCAAGGUAAUUACCUGUACAAAAAAGAACGCCUUUUGUAAUUACAACCCUUGACGUAGCACGCCACAUGAGCCAGUUCACGAGCGUGCAGUGUACCCAUCCAUAUCUUGACACGAGCAAAUAUGCGACAAGCUGCACGGUCGGCUCUAGCACGCCCCAAGCACAAUUGUUCUCGAUUCAGGUCGGCAUGUAUUUUGUGUUUACGGUACUGUACAGGCGUACCAGAACAUCCCUUACUUCCCCUCGAGUAUCUUCUGUGGUACAAAUUGGUCACGAGUGACAAGGGUAAUAGGUCUUUUGUGGCCUCUCGCUACUCGUUCGAACAUCUGCCAGACGUUGGUUUAUUCAGUGUAGCUACAAUGGUAUACUCUGAACUAUAUAUAAGACUUGUGUAGUGUUCCUCAGCACACAAGAGUGAGUGCUCCGCUUGAAGCUCACGGUGCGCUGUAGUCCCACGCUGAGUCGCAAUUCUCGAGAGCCCCGUGGUAUAUAUGUUUCGACGGGAAUACGGGAGUGGAGGCUGUGCAUAUCCGACGCAUGGCGUGGGCAAGUCGGUA